AUGCGUCCUUCCAUAUGCUCUCUCGCCUUCUUGAUAGGCACCUGUUCGGCUCAGGGCGACCUCGCUGCUCUCCUGUCCUCCCAAGCUGAUCUCAGCACUUUGCUCGAACUUGUAGGUCUCGUCGAUGGCUUAGCGGCCACUCUCUCUGCAGCUUCCAACAUCACCAUCUUCGCACCGACCAAUGACGCCUUUGCCAAAGUGCCUCGCGACGAGCCAGAGGGAGCGGCCGUCGAAUAUCGCAAUGAGACUGUCGCAGUCGCUGCUCUUCUGGCCAAUCACGUUUUCAAAGGAGUUUACCCGUCCGAUGUCAUUACUGAUGUCCCCACAUUUGCUCAAACUUUGCUGAAUAGCUCUUAUGUCACUGCCACUCAGCCUUUCUCGAACAUCACUGGUGGUGCUUACAACGGACUCGUCAAGAAUGAAAAUGACGUUUGUGUCUUGUCUGGGGAGGAAACGAUCUCGACUGUAACCCAGGCUGAUAUUAAGCUCGGCGAAGGUAUCACAAUUCACAAAGUCGAUACUGUCUUCUCGUUCGGCGCUCCUCUCCAGCUCUUUACCUACCGCGCUGGAUACCGUGCCAUGAAUGCUGCACUCGAGGCUGCCAACCUCGGAUUCGAUGUCGGUCUCAGCGGUCCUGAUCAAAAGGGUCUCAACAUCUCAGACUUCACCAUCUUCAUUCCCACUGAUGCCGCCUUCGAGUCUAUUGGUUCAGUCCUGGAGUCUGCCGACCUCGCAACGCUUCAAGAAGUCCUGAAGUUCCACAUCAUCCCCAAUAGCGUCAUUUUCUCGCCUUCCUUAGGCAAUGUCACUGUACCUUCUGUCCAGGGUACCAACUUGACCUUUACUGUCUUGCCCGACGGUUCUGCUUGGGUGAACAACGCAAAGAUCACCUUCCCUAACACAAUACUGUUUAACUGCGUCGCCCACGUGAUUGAUACUGUCCUGGCCCCUGGUGAAUUCAACCGCUCUUCUCUCAAGCCUUCCGCUGCCGUAGGCGAAAGACUCUCCUUCCCUAGCGCAUCCUCCGUGGCAGUCUUGCCCUUCACCAGCGUUGCAUUCGAGGGUGACACUAUGACAUACGCAUCAACUCCUCGUCUCCUGCAGACUGUCGCGGCAGUCGCUACUUCUCCUUCGAGUGCUUCCGCUGCUUCUUCGAGUCCGCCACUUGCUCCUUACACUGGCUCUGCCGUGAGCCUUGCUACCAGCGGUAUGGUGGUCAUGGCUCUUGCGAUUGGUGUUGCUGCGCUGUUGAUGUAG